AUGAAACAGGAAAGCAGGGACGAAAAACAAGCUGGGGAAAUAAAUAACCGUUUUGUGGUAAGCUUGAAAGUGAUUCGCAAUUAUGCUUUAGGCUUUUGUUUGUUUCUUUUUUUGUUUGUUUGUUUCUUUCUUUCUUUCUUAAUUUGUUUCUUUCUAUCCUGUUCUUUCUUUCUUUCUUUCUUUCUUUCUUUCUUUCUUUCUUUCUUUCUUUCUUUCUUUCUUUCUUGUUCUUUGUUUGUUUGUUGCUUUCUUUCUCUCCUGUUCUUUGUUAAUUUCUUUAUUUCUUUCUUUCUUUCUUUUCUUUUUUUUUCUUACGUGUUCUUUGUUAAUUUCUUUCUUUCUUUCUUUUUUUUUCUUACGUGUUCUUUGUUAAUUUCUUUCUUUCUUUCUUUCUUUCUUUCUUUCUUUCUUUCUUUUUUUUUCUUUCUUACGUGUUCUUUGUUAAUUUCUUUCUUUCUUUCUUUCUUUCUUUCUUUCUUUCUCUCCUGUUCUUUGUUAAUUUCUUUCUUUCUUUCUUUCUUUCUUUCUUUUUUUUUCUUUCUUACGUGUUCUUUGUUAAUUUCUUUCUUUCUUUCUUUCUUUUUUUUUCUUUCUUACGUGUUCUUUGUUAAUUUCUUUCUUUCUUUCUUUCUUUCUUUCUUUCUUUCUUUUUUCUUUCUUUCUUUUCUUUCUUUCUUUCUUUCUCCUGUUCUUUGUUAA